UUAUAUAUUUACCACAGUUAAGUUUUUUCCACUGUCGAAUAUAGAGGUUGUCACAACUUUUCGUGGUUUAUAAUUUGGCGGCCCCCUCAACAUUGUGGUACGUCCCUAGCAACACGUUCUGACGAUUGUAGCGCUUCCGCGGGCGCCGCUUCUCCGGGUCUCCACCAGCCAUGUACUGCCGCAAAACAGCUGUUGUGUUGGUGUGGUUAAUUUUUAUACCAUCUCCAUCAGCGUCGUGGGAAAGGACCAAUGCAAUGACUGGUGAAACUUUAUCAUGGGCUGAGUGGGAGAGCUGGGGUCCCUGCUCGGAGACAUGCGGCAACGGGAUUCGGUUCAGGAACAGAGAGUGCAUCGGUGGAACACGUUGUUUCGGGGCUCCUGAAGAAGCAAGUUCGAGCUCUCCCUGUACAGUGAGCUGUGAAGGCGCAGUACAGGUGCACGUGAUACACGCCCCCAUCGGUGAGACAGUCAAGCUUCCACCUGUAUGCGAAGGGACUGCGUGCGCAUGGUGGAAAGAUGGGGAACGAAUCUUACCUAUGGCGUCAAAUACCACUCAUCUGGCAACUUUAAACGGAUGGAACUACUACAAGGUACAUACAGCCGGGAAAAUGACAUCGGCCAACGUGAAGGCUACAUGUGAGGCAGCGGGGUUUGUGGCCCCGUGUCCCGCGGAACGCGUGCGCGGUACCGGGAACUACUGUAAAUUUGCCUCGCCGGGUUGCGUCCAAACAGGCUUAACGUACUGUAAGGAUCCCAUGAUGGACUUAUCCAAGCAUCUAUGUGGUGAAGAUACUAGUCCAGCACUCUGUCCACAGUUGAAAGAGGUGUACAUACACAUGGGCAGAGGCUUUAACUCUGGUGCCGCUUGUGGCAUCCAGUGGCAAAACCCGGCGUGCGCCAAUGGCAGGGGACGGCGUGACCAAUACGGCCUCUGUGCCAGAGAGGGGACUGUUACGACGGCGGCACCCCGAGAUACAACCGCUGCACCCAAUAAAAGGCCGAGUCGCGCGCGCUUGGUGGACGAAGACGUGGUGGAAUUGGCGGAAAUUACCAAAGAGGAUGCGGGGCUGUACAUCGUCUUUGACGAGGAAGGACAGACAACUCUGGUUCUCAUAAAAGUUGAUACCGAUGAAUAUAAAGCCAUGCUGAUUCCCGCUGCUCCACCGAUCGUUGUGCUUUUGAUAUUGACGGUGGCCUACUUCGUGAUCACCGGAAGAUUAGAGGCUAAAGCACUGGGCGAGCGGUGAAACUGAAGUCUGCAGGUGCCGGUCCACCUGUACACAAAGGCCUAGGUCCGCCUAAACCAGAACAA